AUGGCAUCAAAUAAUACGUCAAGUAAGUGGAGUGUUCGAAUUACUUCUUUUCCUCCAUCGAUGGAUUCUACAAAACUCGCUCAAGAAUUUCGAUUACCACGGACAUUGCGAGUUUCUAUUCCAAGAACAUUCAACAAUAAUAAUAAUCCUUGUGCAUGGAUCAAUGGUUUUGUCAAUGAAGAAGCCGCAAAUGAAUUUGUACAACAAUGGUCAGGUGCUUCAAUUCAAGGACAAAAAAUUAAAUGUACUGUUUCAUCACGUUCUAAUGAUCAAACAAGUCGGACACAAUUUGAAUCUAGGAUCGAACCAUUAGUAAAUCAACCAUGUGACUCCAGACCUUCGUCCACAGAACCAAAAUUAACAAGAAACGUAACGAAAAAGCAAGGUAAUGAAGAUAAACGAUUUUUGUGUCGUUAUGCAAAUAAAGGUACAUGUCGAGAGAAAAGUAGUGAAUGUAAAUAUCGUCAUCAACGCUGCAUAAACUAUGAAUCAUGUAAAGAUUUAAAAUGUGAAUUAGCUCACACAAAACCAGACUUAGGUCGUGGAAGAAGCGAUUCUUCUUCGUCAACAAACUCAUUCCAGUCUAUCAGUUCGACACUAUCUACAAAUCCCACAACGAGAGGACAAUGUCGCAACGGUAUCAAAUGUUUUAAUGUCGAUUGUACUUUUGAUCAUCCAGAUGGAUGGAAUCCAUGUAUAGAUGGAGAACAAUGUGACGAUUAUGAUUGUACAGCUAAUCAUCCUUUCAAACGAAAAAUACAAUGUCGUAAUGGUAGUAAUUGCAAAAAUGCAGAUUGCAAGUUUUUACAUCCCAGAACACGUGCUACAAUGUGCCAAUUACGUGGAAAAUGUGAACGAUGGAAUUGUCAAAAAUUACAUCCACAUACUCGAACUCGACGAUGUCCCAAUAAAGAAAAAUGUACCAAUCUAGAAUGUUUAUGUUUACAUCCACAAGAACGUAGCAAUUUACUCUGUCCAUUAGGAGGUGAAUGUCGUGAAAUUUCUUGCAAACUUAAUCAUCCAAGUGAACGACCAUCUAUAUGUGAUCAACCAGAUACAUGUUCAAACUUUAAUUGCACUCGUCUUCAUCAAGCACAAUGGAAUCCAUGUGAAGAAGGAGAUGAUUGUACAAAUGAACAAUGUUUGAAAAUUCAUUCACCAGAACGUAACCUCAAUCUACAACAGAAGAACAAGAAAAAUCAAAAAUCAAAGAAAAUAAGUUCAAAAUCAUUGGAACAAAGAAAUAAAGAGCGAGAAAAAGCGUCGUUACCAAUUCUAUGUCGUCGUGAUGAUUUUUGUCAACGUCUUGAACGUGAACAUGUUUUAAUUGUAACUGCUGAAACUGGUAGUGGUAAAAGUACUCAAUUACCUCAAUAUGCUGCUGAACAUUUUGGUUCACUUAUUGUUUGUACUCAACCACGUGUUGUUGCUGCUCUUUCAUUAGCACGUCGUGUUGCUGAAGAAUAUGAUGGAAAAUCAGUUGGGAAUUCUGUUGGUUAUCAAGUUGGUAGUGGUAAUCGAGUUCUUGGAUCCGAUAUUAUGUUUAUGACUGAUGCAGCAUUGAUUCGAGAAAGUCAACGUGAUCCUGAUUUAAAACAUAUACGAGUUCUGAUUGUGGAUGAAGCUCAUGAACGUUCUUUAAAUACUGAUAUUGUCAUUGGUAUUUCGAAACUUUUACUUUCAAAACGUCCCAAUGAUUUUUAUGUUGUUAUUGCAUCAGCCACAAUUGACCCGAUUCGUUUUCUUCAAUUUUUUGAUCGUCCUACUAGUACACCAUUAAAAGUCGAAGGUCGAGUUUUUGAAGUAACUACAGCUGAAAAACCACCACCACCUAAUUGUUCUGAUCAAAAACUAAUUAUAUCACAUGUAGUUCCUUCUAUUAUUGAAUUAUAUCCAAAACAUGAAGGACAUACACUUGUUUUUCUUCCUGGUCAAAGUGAAAUUGAACGAGCAUUGAAGACAUUUAAAUCUAAACUUCCUGAUGAUUGUGUUCCACUUCCUUUAUAUGGUUCUCAAUCACCUGAAGAUCAAGAAAAAGUAAUUAAAUUUAAUGAAACAGAUAAAAGAAUGAUUGUUUUCUGUACAAAUGUUGCUGAAACAUCGUUAACAAUUCCAAAUGUUCGAUUAGUUAUUGAUUCUGGUUUAGCAAAAGAAGCUCGUUAUGAUAUUAAACGUCGUUUAACUGUUAUUGAAACUGUUCGUAUUUCACGUUCAUCAGCUGAUCAACGUAAAGGCCGAGCUGGACGAACAGCACGUGGUCAUUGUGUUCGUUUAUAUGAAGAUCAAGAAUUAAAACGACAAAAUAUUGAACCAGAAAUUUUACGAUCCUCACUUGAUCUUGUUCUUCUACAAUUAAUUCGUUUGAAUUUUAAUCCAAAAACUUUCCCAUUUAUGGAUCAACCACCUUCAGAUACAAUUCAUAAUUCACUCGAUCUUCUUACAAAACUUCAAUGUAUCAAUGAACAAAAAAUUACAAAACGUGGUGAAUUAUUUACCGAACUUAGUCUUGAUCCUCGUCUAAGUUCUUUUAUUAUUGAUAUUUAUAUGGAAUAUAAAACUCUAUUAGAACUUGUCGUUGCUAUUGUUGCAAUUCUUUCAGCACCUGGAACAAUUUUUUUCAUGGGUGGAAAUAAAGAAGAAGCAAGAGCACGUGUUGCAUUACAAGCACAUAGUCAUAAAAGUGAUUUAAUUCAUUUAUAUUCAGUUUAUAAUGCAUGGAAAAAUGCAAGUGGAAAUGAAUCACAAGGAAAAUGUUCAAAAUGUUCAAAAUUAAUUAAAUAUUGUAUAUGUCGAAUAAAAUAUAGUAAUGCAAAUAGUUUAAAUAAUAAAAUUUUACAACAUAUUUAUACAUCAUGUUUAUCAAUUAUGAAACAGAUUCGAAAUGCACGUUGGCUUCAACCCCGCGAUGAAAUGUCUGAAGAUACAAAUAAAAUUCUUGGUAUUCAUCUUGCUAAACUUUUUCCUGAACAAUGUGGUUAUUUACUUGUUCCAGAAUUACCCAUUGAAGGUGUUCGAUUAGUUUCGACAGAUAUUCGUGCAAAUAUUACAAAUACAAGUGUAUUCAUGCAAAAACUUAAUAAAGAUGCAGAUCGAGAUAUUUAUCAAUAUUUUGUUGCAAUGACAAUUACUCAAUUACCAACAGGAAAUUAUAUUAUUGAAAGACUUCAUCCAAUACCAAAAUCAGAUGUUGUUAUACAAUCAUCAAUACAAAAUUUAACUACAAUCAAUUGUAUUGGUUCAGAAUUUGCGAAUCUUCUUCGUGAGAAAUUAAAAGCUUAUCAAUCGGAAUCAUGGGCAAAAUGGAUUGUUUAUCAAUAUGAUCGAACACAAUGUCGAUUUAUGAUUUCAGGUCCGGAAACAACUAAAUCAACAAUACUACCUGUUGUUCAACGUUGUCAAAAUGAAAUUAUGAAAAAGCUUUCGGAAAUUUAUGAUGUAUUAGAAUGUGGACCAAUUAAAGCUAAAUUUCAAAGUGGUUUAGUUUGUACACGUAUUAAUGAAAUGUCUAGUGUAUUGAAAAUGAAUCUUCAAAAUGUUCCUUGUCAAACAACGAAUGAAUUAAAAGAUUGGAUAAAAAAAAUGAUGGGAAUUGAAUGGAAUGAAAUUAAAGAACAUGGAUUUCAUACAGACAAGAAUACAAAUAAUAAACAUGUUUAUAUUGUUUUCAAGAGCGAAGAUACAUAUCGAUGUACAAUUAGUAAAAUUUCUUCUUCUUAUUUAAUUGAACAAGAAAAUCAAUUUGGAAGAUCUCGUGAGAAUGAAAAAGAAAGUUGGGGUCGUGAGCUCGUUAUUCAAGUUCCAUCAAAUAUUACCGCUGAUGAUAUUAUUCAACGAUAUGGUAAUGAUAGUAUCAUGAAAUGUAUAUUAAUCAAUGAAAAGAAAGAUAAAUUUCUAAAAUUAGAUAAUUUACCUAUAACUAUUGAUGAAGCAUAUCUUCGUCAAUGUCUUCAAACAAAUAAUGGUCCAACUCCUAAACACGUUCGUGUUGGACGUACAACAAAUAACUUAACUGGAUGGGCUAAAAUAACAUUUCAAAAUGAAACAGAACGUAAUGCAGCUGCAUCUCGAUAUGAAUUAGAAUUAUGUCAAACAUCAUUCCCUAUAACUAUUCCAGGUAGAAAAGGUCCACCAAAACUUAUUCAAACUAAAGUAAUGAAAACUGAUGAAUCUGAUACUGCUGAAAAUCUUCCGAAAAAUUUCUUUCGUAUUGUUUUGAUCAAUCGUGAAGCUGCUCUUAAAAUAUACACAUCAUCACAAACAGCAACAAAUUCAGACUGGAUUGUUGAUGGAUCAGCAACAAUAACUAUUCUUCGAACAGAUUUAUAUCCAAAUUUUCAACAAAUACUCGAUGGUAUUUGUGAGAAAUUUAAAGUUAAAGUUAAAUGUAAAGAUAUACCAAAACCUCCUGGCAAACGUUGUAUAUUUAGUCAUGGAAGUCCACAAAAAACAAGUUUAGCUGCAUCAAUGCUUUCACAAAAUUUUGCUCCGAUUAAUAUUAAAUUAAAUACUGAACGACAAAAACAAUUAUUUCGUGAAUUAGAAGAAAUUGGUCAAAUACAUAAAUGGGCACGCGAUUUAUCUUUACAAAUAAAUGCAAAUAAAUAUUUUACAAAUAUUGAAAUUCGUGGUCCACAAACAUCUCAAGGACAAUUUAUGCGACGUAUUGCAGAUUACUCCGAUGAUUUUGAUACACGUUUUCGUGAACAUGAACUUAGUACAAUUGUAGCUACAUUUUUUGGUCGAGAAAAAGCAGCAUCUGUUAAAUUAAAACAAAUUGAUUCAAAAUGGUCAUCAAAAUUAUGUUCAGUUUCAUUUAAUUCAAAAACAGCGACAAUUACAAUUAUUGGGAAAGCAAAUGUUUCGUUAAAAGAUUUAAAUUUAUGUGAAAAUGAAGUUCUUCAACUUUUGGAUGAAAUUACUGCGAAUACAAAUGAUAUUGAAAGUGAUGAUGAAGAUGAUGAAGAUAAUGAAGCAGAAGUGAAUAGUUUUGGAACGGAACGUCAAUGUGUUUUUUGUAAACAAAAAUCAUCAAUUUCAACAAGUUUAUUUCGAAUAUGUGGACAUGCUUAUUGUCGAUGUGCAGCUCAGUCUCUUGCUUCAACUUCAACAUUUCCACUGCAAUGUAAAGAUUGUCAAACAAAUAUUCAUAUUCGUGAUAUUGAAAUGAUUUUUAAUAAUAAUCAACAAUUAUUAACACAUUUAUUAAAAAAUUCGAUUCAAGAUUAUCUAACAAAAAAUGCUCAACAAGAUGAUCGUGUGUUUUGUCCAAAUGAUGAAUGUGAAGGAUUAAUUAAACUUAGUAAUGAAUAUCAAACUUGUUUAACAUGUGGACAAAAUGUUUGUUCGAAAUGUCAAACUAUUGAUGAUGAACUUCAUCUUGGUAGAACAUGUAUUCAAUUUGAACAAGAAAAGAAACGACGAGGAGAAUUUUUACCACAACUUUUUCUUGCUGCAAAAAAAUUUGUUGAAGAAAAUUGGCCAUUGGAUCAAUCAGUACGACCCAUUGGUCGCAUUGAUGAAAAUCCUUAUUUAGAAAAACAAUAUAAAUCAUUAACAAGAUUUUAUAAAGGCAAUGAAGUUUUAGGUCAUGCAUUUCCACCAGAUUUAUCAAAAGGAUUUUUUGCUUAUCAUGGUUGUCCAUUUCAAGCUAUUGAUGCGAUUAGUCAAACAGGUUUUGAUCCAAAACGUCGAUCAGGUCAAGUAUAUGGUCGUGGAGAAUAUUUUGGAGUCACAGCUGUUGUAUCUCAUAGUUAUUCUCAAAAGGGUGGUACGCAAGCUGGAUUUAGUCAAAUGUUCAUUUCUUUCAUUCUUCGAUGUACUCAAGUUACAACGCAUGGAAAUUUCUGUUAUGUUGUUGAUAAUCCAGUUGAUUGGACAUAUGCGUUUAAUUUACCAGUAUUGAUUGUUACUUAUGGACCCAGUGCUGCAUCCAGGUUAUCACCUUUUCCUCUUAACAUUCCACAAUAUAUUGAUAAUGAACCAUCCUGGAAUGCACCUUUUCGAUGGUAUUGGCGGCAAGAUAAUGGAAGUUUCGAACCAUAUAAUGAUACAAUCAAUGAAAUACUUGAAAAGUUUUAUGAACAUUGGAAAUUCAAUCGUGGACUAUCUGAAGUGGUUACUCCACCAGUGACACGUUAUAUAGAUGAUACUCCUCAAACCUAUCAAAUUGAUUUUCAGAAAAAUCGGCAAAUGAAUACCAGAACAUCCUAUCAACGACUGAUUGAUCGUCGACCAUUGCAAAAACCAGCAGAUAAUUUAAAUUGGUUUUAUUGUAAUGAACAUGGUAAUUGGAUACGUUAUGAAUUACUUGUACAAAAUCAAAUUGAACAAGGAUUUCAGUCAUAUCGAUCAGGUCAAGGAUCAUCAACUGUUGAUAUUCAUUUUCCUGGACGUCCAGAAACUUAUGAAAUUAAUUUCCUAAGAGGUCAACAAACAAAUAAAACUAGUAAUGCCAUCAAAAAUAUUAAGCGUGAAUAA